AUGCAUUGCGAAUUGUUCGGAUUGAACUGGGCCAACAGUUGGUCCAUUUUCUUCCUCGGCUUCUCCACUGGAUCACUUCUUCUCACGCUGAUUUUUACCAUCAUGUUUGUCUAUUUUCGCAUUUCUAUGCGAAAAUCUGACGAGUUUCGAAUUCGGGGAGAAGUCGCUCUACCGCCACACAUUAUUGGAAAGUAUAUUUAA